AUGUUGGCUGCACGAUCUGCUCUGCGCGCUUCUAUGCGCUCGGGUGCUGCACCCUCCAGCCGUCUCUUCAGCUCCUCGGCCAUCAACAACAAGGCCGUUGCUGUUCUCGGCGCUAGCGGUGGUAUCGGACAGCCUGUGAGUGUCUUCAGCGCCGUCUUUUGGACCUGCCCAGUAGGCAAUGCCUUUUGCCGGCACGAAGCGAUCUCUAUGGCCUCCCCAGGGAAUCUGCUUUCAGUGGCACGAAUGCUUGUUUUUCGCAUUGCCUUCGCUUGUGUCCAGAGUCGUCAUCGUUUCCACUUACGGGCACAGACACUGCACACUCCAUGGCCUUAUCUGAUCAUCAGCGCUGACAAGUCUCGUGUCCCUCCCCUCACAGCUGUCUUUGCUGCUCAAGAACGACCCUCUGGUCACCAAGCUUAGCCUCUUCGACAUCCGUCUGGCCCCUGGUGUCGCUGCCGAUAUCGGCCACGUGAACACGCCCGCCGUCGUAAGUGUAUGGCGCUCCAUUCAUGAGAGAAGAAGGCUCUUGGUUUCUCCAUGUGUGACCGCUAAGCUUCUUUCGUCGCUUUUCAGACCACCGGAUACGGAGCGGAGGACAACGGUCUUGAGAAGGCUCUUGAGGGCGCCGAGCUGGUUGUCAUCCCCGCUGGUGUCCCUCGCAAGCCAGGCAUGACCCGCGACGACCUCUUCAACGUAAGUUUGGCCAAACGGUGCAAGAAGGCGUGCAAGGCCUCCUGGUCCAUGUAUGCAAUCCCAGUCUCGCUUCCGCGGCGUUGCAUCUGAUCUCGUUUUGCUACUUCAUUUUGCGCGCUCUUUCAGACCAACGCCUCCAUUGUCCGCGACUUGGCCAAGGCUGCUGCAAAGGUCUGCCCCAAGGCGCACCUCCUCAUCAUCUCCAACCCGGUCAACUCUACUGUCCCUAUCGUUGCCGAGGUGUUCAAGAAGGCUGGUGUUUACGACCCCAAGCGUCUCUUUGGUGUGACCACCCUCGACGUGACCCGCGCCUCCACCUUCCUCAGGUGAGUCCUACAGCGACUUCGCAGGCUGGUCUGAGCGUUGCGACGAAUCCGACUGACACGCCUUUUGUUGUCUUUUGCUGGUAGCGGCAUCGCGAGCUCUCACCCCGCUGAGACCAUCGUGCCUUGCGUUGGAGGUCACUCUGGACCCACAAUCGUUCCUCUCCUUUCCCAGGCCAAGCAGGGAUCCGCUGUCAAGGCUGGCGAAUUUUACGAGAAGCUCGUGCACCGUAUCCAAUACGGCGGUGACGAGGUCGUCAAGGCCAAGGUGAGUAAAAUAGUGUGAAACACAAUGGGUGAAGGAUGAUGUAUCUAGGUGGAACCAGGCAAAAGAUUCGGGUGCUGGAAAAUGCGCACGCUCUGCGCCAAGCAAUUUCAGGCGAUUGCUGACUGUUUGCGCUCCAUCUCUUUGCGACUCUCACAGGAUGGUGAGCAUUGAGUUGAUGCAGUGCAGCUCCCGAUUCUACGGGUAGACUAUACUUGUUUCACUUGGGGGGUAAGCGCAGUAUCAGCGAGUGAGUUGCUAACAACUGUUGCCGUUUCUUCGAUGUCUAGGUGCCGGAAGCGCCACUCUCUCCAUGGGUAAGUGCUCAUGCUUACAUGAAAACGCAUACAGAGCGGCGCGCGUCUCUGAGUUGACACAGUACAACGCUUCCUUCAACAGCCUACGCUGCUGCCGUGUUCUCCAACUCCCUGAUCCGUGCCAUCAAUGGCGAGGGCAACGUCGUCGAGUGCACCUAUGUCGACUCUCCUCUCUACAAGGACCAAGGCGUUGACUUCUUCAGCUCCAAGGUCACUCUUGGUCCCGAGGGUGUCAAGGAGAUCCACCCUGUCGGCCAAAUCACACCCGAGGAGGAGAAGGUACGCACGCAGUUGAGAACUGCACCGCUAUAGCCCAACUGAGCCAACUGACACGAAACGCAUCGCGCUUCUGCCGCUGCUUGCUCCUUUGCAGCUCCUCGAGGCCUGCUUGCCAGAGCUUUCCAAGAACAUCAAGAAGGGUGUCCAAUGGGUUGGCGAGAACCCCUGA